AUGGAAAUCUUUGCUAAAGCAUACGAUGUCAAAGUCUGGAGAGUCAUUAAAAAGGGAAACUAUCCCCUACCUGCUAGCACUCCACCACUUGCUGAUCCUGAUGAUAUAGAUUCAUACUCAAAGGAGCAACUGGAAGUGGUGCAAGUGAAUAACAAGGCAAGGAAUCUGCUUCACAAUGCUAUAAGUGGUGAGGAAUACGAGAAAAUAUCGAGUUGUGAUACAGCCAAAGAGAUGUGGGAUAAACUUGAGGUCACCUAUGAGGGAACCAGCAAAGUAAAGGAAACUCACAUCAACAUGCUAGUUCAUGACUACGAACUCUUCUCAAUGAAAGAAGGAGAAUCUAUUGAAGAAAUGUUUGCCAGGUUUAGUAAGAUAAUUAGUGGCUUAAAGGCAUUUGGCAAGCCCUACACCAAUGGUGAUCAAACAAAUCAAGAGGAGAAAAAGAAAAUAGUUGCAUUCAAAACCUCUACUGAAAUGGCUGAAAAUGAAAUUGAUGAUCCUGAAGCUCUACAAGAAGAGAUUGUUAUGAUGUCUAGAAAUAUGGAUGGAUUGAUGAGGAGAUACAGAAAUACAAAGAAAGGAAGAUUCCCACCAAGACGAUCUAGGCAAUACAAUGAACAGGAUAAGAACGAUGGAAAAUGCUACGAAUGUGGAAAAUUUGGGCACAUUCAAGCUGAAUUCCCAGAACUGAAAAGAAAGAUCUCUAGAGGCUUCAACAAUAACAAAUCCUUCGGAAGAUGCUGGACAGAUAAAGAUGAUUCAGAUGACGAGAACUGCUUCAUGGCACGGGGUGAAAGUAGUGAGGAAGUUACAAAGAUCGAUGGAGGAAGUGUAAAAUUCGGAGACGAUUCAAGGAGCAAAAUAGUUGGCACUGGAACAAUUCCUUUCAAUAACAACUGUGACAUUACUGAAGUAUAUCUCGUUGGUGGCCUAAACUGCAAUCUCUUGAGCAUAAGUCAACUCUACGACUCAGGAUAUGAGGUAAAGUUUAAAAGAAUAGGGUGUGAUAUUGAAGACGAAUCAGGUAAGAUAAUUCUUCUUGGAAAAAGGUAUGGAAAUGUUUAUAUACUUGAUGGAUUUGAAAAGAUAGAUAGCCACAUUUGCUUAUCCUCUAUGUCUGAUGAUCCAUGGUUAUGGCAUAGAAGACUUAGCCAUGCUAGCAUGCAUUGA